AUGCAAAACAUAGAUGGAAAUGACAACGACAAAAAACAGGCAACCGUAAUGUCUAGGUCGGAAUACACUUGUGAUGGAUGCUUUGUCCGAUCAACAGAAAACAAAAUUCGUCGUCAGUUUGAGCUUUCGCGUCCAAAUUUGGAAAAAGGACACUCUCAAAAGGCCUUGCUCGCUGUUUCCGGGGGUAUUUCUUCAAUGGCCAUGUUGGAAACUGCGUAUUAUCUUUCGCGACACAGAAAAGAUAACUAUCGACCAAUGUUUGAUGAAUUCUUGGUUGUUCAUUUGCAAAGUAAAUCUUUACAAAACGAAGAAGAGUGCGCGCAAACAGUCAAUACAAUCCAAAAAGCCAUCGAUUGUCAUUAUACGCAAUGUAAAUUUGAGGUUAUCGAAGAAGAGGAUUUACUGAAGGAGGCAUCUUACAUUGACACCAAUGGCAAAUUUUCUCGUGGUGAUUCUUCUGAACCCCAUACGUUUAAUUUGGAAGCUCUUCCAUCAUUAGCUUCAAGACAAGAUUUGUUGUAUCGGGUUCGCGAGCAAGCUCUUGUCGCCAUUGCCGAAAAGGAACAAUGUGACACUAUCGUUUUUGGUGAUUGCGGUACAACGAUCGCAGCUCGCGUUUUGGAGCUUGUAGCUGAAGGAAGAGGUUUUGCCAUUCCUUGGUGCACAUCUGUUUGUUCUAAGCUUCCUGAUUUCCCUGUUUUUUUGUUGCGUCCUCUCCGUGAUGUAUUGUCUUCCGAGCUAAAAUCUUACAUGAAAAUCAAAGAACUUGAUUAUAUAGCAAAGGAAGUGGAAGAACGCCCUGCCACAAUAUCUGGCGUAGCAGAAAAUUACUUUACAACCUUGAACGACCAUUUCCCCAGUCUGGUAAAUACUGUUGUACGGAUGUCGUCCAAGCUGGGCGUGCCAGAGGUGAAGAAAACCUGUUCACUUUGUAAGUUGCCGAUGCAGGAAAAUGCGGAAGCCUGGUUACAAAGAACUACUGUGCAGCAUCCUAGCGAAAGACAAGAAGAUGUUGCCGCCAACCCUGAUAUAUGUUAUGCAUGCUCCGUUUCCCUAAAGAAUAUGAAACAGCCAUUACGGAUUCCCGCGGUCAAAAAAGAACAGUAA